AAAGAGAUAGGAACGAGAGAACACUGUCUGCUCUGGAGACUAUAAUUAUUCCCUCAGGAGACAUCACUAUCAACCGUUUUUUUUUUACUUCGUGUUUUAACUACUCGAGAUUCUUAAAAUAUUAGCGUUAAAGAGUUUGAGUGUAAUUAAUCUCUAUUUAAAUAGUCGGAACUUUUGCGUUAAAUGGAGAGAAAGAUCACGCGCUCUGGAUAGGAAAAGUUUCCAGAGUUAACGUUUAUUUAUUUCUCUCUCUCUAUAUAUAUUAUAUAUGCAUGUGUAUAUAUAUUAAGUGCAUGUAUAUAUAGAUAUAUGUUAAGUGGUAUUUUAUGUAUAUGUUUAUGCGCUUUUUUAUUUCGGAUGUAUGGAUAGCAAGGACAACUUCAGAAAGUAUUGUUUUAUAAAUAUGAACUUUGCACAUCAGCGUCGUCGUGGAUUGUGGUGUGUUUCGUGGUGAAAUGCCGCUGUGUGAUUAAUUCGGAGAGCUCAUAAUGAGAGCGACAUUUUUAUACACAGUUUAGUAGGACUGCUGGAGCGACACUUCACGACAAACAAAUCGGGACAGCUCAGGCUUGUACGGCUCAUGACAAAACAAGGAGUAAUAAUAUCAGGUUUUGUAAAUUACAUGAUUCAACUGACAAAAUGACUGUCAAGAUGGAUUUUGAAGAGUGCUUAAAGGACUCCCCCAGGUUCAGGGCAGCCAUUGAGGUUGUGGAGGGGGAUGUGAAUGAACUGGAGACACGUCUCGAAAAGUUGGUGAAGCAGUGUAACGCCAUGCUGGAAGCAGGCCGAGCAUAUUGUCAGAGCAGUAAGAGCUUUGUACAUGGACUCAGGGAACUUGGAUAUCAUCUCGCUGAAGACUCAACCAUGGGGAACUGCUUGGAAAAGUUCUCCAAGACGCUGUCCACCAUCCUUAUGUCUCAGGAGGAACUCAUUGAUAAUACACACAAGUCAGUGAAACUGAAGCUGCAGAGUUUUGUGAAAGACGAUGUGAAACGCUUUAAAGAUACACGUAAGGAGUUUGAACGGAGCAGCGAGUCUCUGGAGACGGCAUUGGGGAAGAAUGCUCAAGCCCCACGGGGAAAGCCACAUGAGGUUGAGGAGGCCAGUCAGGCCUUAAUUCAUGCCCGUAAAGCCUUCAGAUCAGGGACUCUGGACUAUGUACUGCAGAUUAAUGUUAUUGAGUCCAAGAAGAAGACUGAUAUACUGAUGGCGAUGCUCUCACUAAUGGAAACCCAGGCUGUGUUUUUCCAGCAGGGUCAUCAGUCCCUCACAGAACUGGAGGAGUAUCGUAAGCAGCUCAGCAAUGAGUACACACAACUAGUUCUAAACUCUGCAAGAGAUAAGAGGGACAUGGAGCAGAGACAUGGUGACAUUAAGAAAAAGGAUGAAUCCUAUGAUGAGUCAGUCUUGGAUUUCAGUCCAGAUGCGUCCAGUGGAAUUGCCAUGGAGGGCUACCUGUACAAGAGAGCCAGCAAUGCCUUUAAAACCUGGAGCAGGCGCUGGUUUUCCAUUCAAAAAAACCAACUGGUGUACCAAAAGAAAUUCAAAGAGCAGCCCACUGUAGUGGUGGAAGACUUGCGCCUGUGCACAGUGAAACCGUGUGCUGAACAGGAGAGAAGGUUCUGCUUUGAAGUCGUCUCACCCACCAAGAGCUGUCUAUUGCAGGCAGAUUCAGAGCGACAGCAGCAAGGCUGGAUGAGCGCUGUGCAGAACAGCAUUGCUUCAGCAUUUCAGGAGAGGAGAGAGGACACAUGUAGCCCUAGGGAACGCUGCAGCUCCGUGUCAGCAGGCAGUGUGAAUUUGGGAUUUGGAGAGCAGAAGGACUGUAAAGCCCUAGAGGAGGUGCAGGCUAUACCAGGGAACAACCAGUGCUGUGAUUGUGGAGAACCAGGACCAGACUGGGCCUCCAUUAAUCUGGGCAUAACACUCUGUAUCACAUGCUCUGGAAUACACAGGAGUCUGGGUGUCCAUUUCUCUAAAGUACGCUCUCUAACUCUGGACUCAUGGGAACCGGAACUCAUAAAACUAAUGUGUGAAUUGGGAAACACUGCCAUUAACCGGAUCUACGAGGCACGCAUUGAUGAGAUCACAAUAAAGAAACCACACCCUUCCAGUCCAAGGCAGGAUAAAGAGUCGUGGAUACGUUCGAAAUAUGUGGAGAAAAAAUUCAUCCAUAAGCUUCCAGAAACAGGCCGUGGGACACCACUGCGCCGCUCCAGUGCACGCCGUCAUCGAGCAGCAACACAAGACAAAGUAAUCCAACGUCCUCCUCUCAAACCCAAACCCAACAGAGCCACCCUGGCACGGAACACAGGUCUGAGUCCAACUGAAAUAAUGAACAGUACUGGCUCUCAUAAAGAUGAGGAAGAAGUGGAGGACUUGAGUGGUCUUCACCCUGGUGCUCUGCUCUACCGUUCAGCAGCACUUCAGCAUUUCCCCGUUAUGGCUGAUGCUCUGGCUCACGGAGCUGAUGUUAACUGGGUUAACGUGCCAGAGGAAAGCAAAACGCCUCUUAUCCAGGCCGCGACCGUGAAUUCUUUGGCAGCGUGUGAGUUUUUGCUGCAGAAUGGCGCUAAUGUAAACCAGGCUGACUCGAAUGGAAGAGGACCCUUACACCACGCUACUAUACUGGGACAUACAGGGCUGGUGUGUUUGUUUCUAAAAAGAGGAGCCGACUACAACAAAAAGGACAUCAGCCAAAAAGACCCGAUCAGCAUAGCUGUAGAGAGUGCCAAUGCUGAUAUUGUUACACUCCUCCGAAUAGCCAAGAUGAACAAGGAGAUGCGGGAGAUGGAUGGCUUCGCCCAAUCAGGUGAUGAGACCUAUCAUGAUAUCUUUAGGGAUUUCUCCCAAAUGGCUUCCAACAACCCUGAGAAGCUGAAACGGCGCAGUACUGACAUUAAAAUUCCAUAACCCCCCAGGUGGAAGACUGUACCUGUUUCUCUCACUAUAUUUAAUAUACAGACAUUUGGCUGGUUUUCGUAUUUCAUAACCUUCAUAUUUCAUAAGUGUGUUUAGUUUUCUGCUUUGUCAUCACCUGGCAGUGACACACACAAAGAAAUCAGUAAGGGAUUGUAUCAUCCUUGAUCUUUGAGCCUAAGCCCCAUUAGGUCAAUAGGCCAUAAUGUGCAGCUUGUUUCAGUUUAGUUAUUCAGCUGCACUGCUGUAGUUCUAGCUUUGCGCUGUGAUCAUCGGCGUUCACUGGACUGUGUAACAGUAACACUUGACUGUCUCAUCAAAUUAUUCUGAUCAUUCUGAUUUUUUUUUAUUAAAGCAAUACAGCAUGUUUGUGUUGUAUGUUUUGAGAGAUAUCUGAUAUCCCUCAGUUUUUGAAUGGUUUCUGUUUUAAUUCCACAUUCUGGGAAAUCAGCUUCUUUUUCAAACCAUGCAUUAGUCAUAUAAAAAAACUGGUAAUGCCCCGCAAGUGUUUUGUAAUUUCGGUCAUGAUAAGGAACUGAAAAAAAUCUUCCAAAUUCUUUAUGUGAACAUUGUGAUAUGUAUGCAUGUCUUUUUAAGAGAAACUAAAGAUUUAUACAUGAUAUUUCCAGAGAAACGGAACAAAAAUAAAAUUUUGCUCAUGUGCCUCCUUUUA